UUGACGCGUUUGUCUCGUUUAAUUCUUCGUUUCCCGCGUUUCGUUCAACUAGUGCGCGCGCUAUAAAAGUCAUUCCGCGCGCGAACGAAUUUGAACUGCACGCGCAUUUUACGAUCGAAAAUUAAAUGAAAUAAUUUCGAUAUAAAUUAAAUAUUUGUCCUCUGUUAAGUGUUAUUAUAAUGUUAUAACAAAAAUUGAAGUGCUAUUUAAGUAAAAACUUGUGUUUAGUGUUGUGUUUUGAUAAUUAAAUUCGACUCGUUUGCUGAUUAUUAUUAAACGUAAAACACAUAAAUCAUGGCCACAAAAUCGUACAGCAAGCACAAGGAGUACAAAGAGUAUUCCAGCAGCAGAGGCAAUGUGCCCUACACCGACGAACAAUUCGAUAUGAUAAAAUCCGAACUAUUACCGAAAGGCAGUAAGCUGGACUCGCUAGGUCGAAGUGGUGUGGGUACCAGAGAAUACCAUUACGAAUACAAAGAGGAAAAAUUACCUUCUGGCAAGUAUGAUAGGAAAGAUUUGCACACUGUUGAGGAAUACACAAUCCCUCCCAAGACGGUACCAAAGGCUUCUGAGUCUAGCUCUUACUACUACGAAAGGGAAGAGAGGGAACUGCCCUCUAUUACGACUGGAAGUAGGACAUAUAACUAUGAGACAACUGGCACGAGUCCAACACCAGGGUAUUCGAAAGUAAAAAACUCUAAGGUGACGAAGGAAAUGACUCAGAACGUAGAAGAGUUAGACUCGCUGCUCGACGACCUACAAAAGGACCAGGAACGACAGCUUUACAAGAGUGGAUACACUUCCGAUACAGCUGAAAGCACGUCAUUCGACUACAGGAAAGGCACGCCCGCGAAGGCUCCGUCCAGCGGCUACUCGACCCUCAAGCACGAGGAGCGCGUGGAAUCCUCGUCGUGGGGGGUCGCCCCCGCCCCUGCACUCUCGCGCUCCGUGGAGCGAGUGGAGUCGUCGUCGUGGGGGGUCGCCCCCGCGCCCGCUCCCGCACCCACCAUCUCUCGCUCCGUCGAUGUGAGACAACAACUCUACAGGGAGGAGAAGACAGCGGAGUCCCGCGCGCCGCAGUCGGCGGGCGCCGGGUGCGCGCACUGCCACCACUCGGCCUCCAGCGCCACCCUCUCUCGCUCGGGGACGCCUAUGAACAAGGUGACCACGACGGUAAAGACGUACACAUACGAGGUGCCAGCUGACCAGGACCCCACCACCGUACCCAUACCCACCGACCACCACUACACCGAGCACCACCACCUUGACAGUUCCACGACGAGCAGCCCCGCCCCGGCACCCCCAGUCGGCGGUUGCCAGCACUGCUCGCAUUGCAACACCAGGCUCAUCUCGCAAUACCGCUCGACCCACACCACUGACGAUCACUCCAGCGAGCGCGUGUUGCUGGCUCCGCCCACGCACGAGCCGCACAAUGGACACGGCUCUUAUGGUCCAUCAACGUACAAGUACAGCGAGACGACAUACUCGUCGCACGAGGCGCCACGGCUUUCCUCCCCCUCUCCGACCCUUUCUCCCUCCCCCGCGCCAUUCCCUCGCGCCGUCACCCCCUCCGGAGGCACGCAGCAACCCCCCAAGAGACUCGAUGACCUGCUCGCUGAGUUCCCUGAAGCGAGAUUCCCCACACAACCAGACGGCGUGGUGCGACGCAAGGUGGAGGUGACUCAGGGCUCGCACAGCGCUCUCAGGGAUGGUACCAACGCCAACAACGCCAUAAACGCGAACAACACUAGCACCAAGCACACUCCCCCCGUAGUGGGCAGCAAGAACGUUGCCGGACCAGCAGUGUACUACCCACCUGGACAUACGCCCUUCGCCAAGAAGGACGAGCCCGCUGGAGGAUAUCAGUCUAGCGCGAUGAUGGCCGGCGGCGGCGCGUACGCGUCGGGGCGCGGCAUGUACGAGUACGAGGCCGGAUCGCGCAGCAAGGAGAAGCACUCCGAGAAGAAGACCGCCGUGCCCAUCUGUCUGCCGCUGUGCUGCGCCAUGCCCUGCGUCAUCAUGUGACGCGCCAGCUGAUCCGAUUUAAACAAACGACUGAGAUAUCAGUUACAGCGAAAAAUAUUUUUAACACUUUCAUUUUUCAUUAUAAAAAGUAAAUACUUUAUUAUCCUAAGUAUUUUAGGAUCAACCUCAAAUAAUAGAAUUCACCGAAACAAUAAUUUUAUGAAAACCUUUAAAAAUAGCUCUACAGUUGCAAUUGUUCUAAUUAUUUUAUAUAAUAUAUUGUAACUAAAUUGUUUUGAUAAACUAAUUGUUAGUUUGAAUGAAACUUUUGUUUCAUUAAAAUUUAUACAAAUUUAAUUGGAGUUACUUGUAGUUUUAAGACAGGUUUUUUUAUACAUAUGAUUGAAAAUUACAGAGUAAUUGUAAACAGAGUGAUGUUUUUUUGCUCAAAACAAACAAAAAGCAUUUUAUUAUGACAAUAAUGUUAAACAUAUUCAUAGAACAAUUUAAGAAAUAUUUAAAACAAUACGAAUAAUUACAAAUACCCAAGUUACAUAUUUAAUAUUUGUAAAUAUGUAAUUUAGUAAUAAUAAAAAAAAUUAUACGGUAUAUGAUUUAUGUAUCAAUAUAUUUCUCUUAAAUAAUGUUCAUGUAUUUAUUAAAGUGAAGUGUUUAUUUGAACAAUAAAUUAAAUCAAAAUUCGAUAAAAAUAAACAAAUCUAAUUUUGUAACAACUAUUAUAAUUCGAUUAAAUUAAUAGACAAUAUAUUUUACUUAUAUUCAUUCUGUUAUAUUUGUUACUAGUUUAAGUGAUUUCGUCAUAAACAUAAGUUUUCGUAAAGUGAGAACUGAACGAUGCAAUCAACUAACAAUAAUAAUUGUGCCAUUAAUGAUAUUGUAAUGUAAGCGCCUCGUGUUGUCUUACGUGUAUAAAUGAUAUAUUUUUUGAAUAAUAAAUCUAUUAACUGA